AUGGAGGCAAAACCAAAUGGUUAUCUGAGUGAACUAAAGAAUGAACUGCUUAAAGGAGUAGUUGUUCCAGAAUUGUCUGGAUUCCGCGAACAAUGCAUAUACAAAGUACCGCCAAGAUUACGCCAAGUUAAUCCAGAAGCUUAUACACCUCAAGUUAUUUCCAUUGGUCCUUUUCACCGUUCACAUGGUGACAACAUUUUGCACCAAAUGGAACCACUCAAACUCAACUAUCUCAAGGGAUUCCUAAAUAGAACAAAGCUAUCUCUGGAUGAUUUUGAUUUUGAUUCUCAAGAGUGGGAAAAUAGAAUCAGAAGUUGUUAUGGAGGGCUUUUUAGCUUUAACAGCAAUGAAUUCUUAAAAAUCAUUAUAGUUGAUGCAUGCUUCAUAAUUGAACAUUUUCUUAGGUUUUAUGAAUACUCAAAUUGGGAGAGAAAUGAUCCUAUAUUACUACAACCUUGGUUACUUGAUGACAUUAAACGUGACUUAGUACUCCUUGAAAAUCAGCUACCUUUUUUUGUUCUUGAAUAUAUAUACCGAUUAGCAGGUCUAAACCGUGGAUCUCCUUCAUUUUUUGACAUUACUAGUAUCUAUUUUCAACCAAUGGACCGCAACCUGCAUAACUUAACUUCGCAUAGAAUGCUAAGUCCAUACCACUUCACAGAUCUGGUAAGAGCAUUUUUGCUGCCGUCGUCAUUUUUUGUACACGAAACAGGAUGUUCAAUUGAAAAUGUAUACAGCGUGAGUCAAUUAUCAGAAGCAGGAUUAGUUUGUGAAGUAAAUGAAGGUAAAUACUUACUUGACUUGAGUUUUGACGAGGGUGUGUUGAAAAUGCCAUGUUUACAUGUCCAUCAUACAACAGAGUCAUACCUGAGGAAUAUAUUAGCAUAUGAAGAAUGUCACAUUUCAAAUCUAAAUACACGUUAUAUUUCUCAGUACUUGACUAUCUUAGGUUUUCUUAUUAACUCAGAAAAAGAUGUGAGCAUCUUGAUUGAUAAGAAAAUUAUUGUGAAUUGGAUGGGUGAUGCUAAUGAUGUGGCUACAAUGGUUAACAAUCUUCGCAAAAAUGUUUCAAUGCCUCCAUUCCGUUUACAAUAUAAGUCUGUAUGUGAAAGGUUAAAUGGCUUCUAUGAAAACCCUAUGAAUAAGCAUAAGGCUAUACUUGUGCAUGAGUACUUCAACACUCCUUGGAAAAUAGCAUCAACUGUGGCUGCUGUAGUGCUGCUUUUGCUUACUCUUAUCCAGACUAUAUGUUCAAUCGUCUCACUCUAA